UGCAUCAGUUGAUGAACUCUGCAAGGAGUUGCUGCCGAAGGAUUAUAAGAUAUACAAAGCUCCAGAACACGAAGGUAAACCCAUUAAUGUCUUCAUACAAUUUCAAGUUCUAGACAUUGGUGAAAUUGACGAAGGAAAAAUGGAUUUUCACCUGCACGUCUUCAUCACCAGCACAUGGAACGAUACGCGACUGAAACUGGACUCGUAUAAAGGAAAACUUAAUGCUACCGUAGUGUAUGAGCCCUGUCGUAUGUACAUGUGGACACCGGACAUUUUCUUCGAGACGGCUAAACGCGUCGAAACUUUCGAACCUACGUCGCCAAGCACAGCAGUCAAAGUUUUCCCAGAUGGAGCCCUAGUCAUAUCUACUAGGUACUCCUUCACAGCAGCUUGCAAUAUGGAUUUACAGAACUAUCCAUUUGAUACUCAAAAGUGUUCCUUUCUGGUUUCUUUGAUGUCAUCAUCUGAUUCAGUUGCUGUUCUGAGAUGGAUAGGAGACAGCAUCAGUCCCUAUAAAAAGGAUUCUAUCACGAUGAUGAGAGAGGUUCAUCCUCUACAAUUUUCCCUUAAUACGCCUACGACAUAUUCUGUCACAGAAGAAUUUGCUGACGGUAACUACACGACUUUGAUCGCGGAAUUUACUCUGGUGCGACUUCUAACGGGCAGCAUCAUGAACACGUAUGCCCCAUCAACGAUGAUCGUGACCAUGAGUUGGGUCAGUUUCUGGCUGAAAGUUGACGCAGUUCCGGCAAGAGUGGCGUUAAGCAUUACAUCUCUUCUUACUCUCUGCACUCAGGUCCAACAGUACAAGGCCCAGCUGCCACCAGUGAGUUAUAUCAAAGCUAUGGAUAUAUGGCUGUUUAUGUGCAUCAUCAUGGUCUUCUCAACUCUUUUAGAAUUCGCGGUUUCUUACAAUAUCCACACAAAGAAGUGUCAAAAAUGCAGCAAUACGCAUACAAAAACUAGCUCGUCGGAUACAGAGGAAGAAGAUAAAGAUGACCGGCCAAAAACCAUAACUAAUACAUGGGUUGCAAAAGACAAAACAGAAAAAAUUACUUACGUAAAUUCUGCGAAUACUGUAUUUACAUCACAGACUGUACAAAACAAAGAAUGUACUGAGUGCUUAAACAAUCGUUUGUUGGGCCACAAAAUUGAUGUUUUUUGCAGAAAAUUAUUUCCUGGUUUAUUCUUAUUAUUCGCGAUUAUAUACUGGAUUUAUUACUUAACAAUAUAUAACAGUAAUUCUUAAAUAUUUUUAAACAUAGUUUUUUUUUUUUUUUUUUUUUUUUUUUUUUUUUUGAGUAAGAAAAUUUUUAAUGAAAACCAAAGUAUAUCGGUAUUUUUACUGUCUCAGAAGGUUAAUUUGAAAACAAAAUGUUCAAUAUUUUGAGAAACCGAAAAUGUGUAUUUUUAAAGCAUUGCAAAACUUGUAAAUCGAAAAACAGAUAGAAUAAUCUUUUUUUGUCAGUCAGAUUUUAGUUUAGAUUAUUUUCUACUCAUCUGAACACAGGCCUAGCGAAAGUUAAAUAACUACUAAUCGAGAUUACUAGUUCUUCAGACAGCCACUGUGAACUGGUACAAGGAAACCGCAACAACUGUCGGCGUGAGCCUUAAAAUCAGCUACCCUAGAGCACCGUUACUGAGACAAGAAAUAGUUAAAUAAUAUUUAACUUUCAUUGCUACGAGAAGCAAAUAGUUGUUAAUAAGCAGAAGUCAUUUUUAAUAUAAAGAAAUUACUAUGUUCUCAAGACUGAAUUCUAGUCGUAGCAAGAUGUUUAUCUUCAUCUGUAUAUAGCCAUAAUUACCAUAAUUUCUUGGAUACAAUUUGGCUCA